UGGAGCCGGAGAGCCAGAUCCGCCACUGCCGCUACCGCCUCCCGGGAUUCGGAACGCCGCGCGCCCAGCCAUGGCUUCGGGCCCCGCGGGGCCGGAGACCCGGCAGAGGCUGCUGCGCACCGUCAAGAAGGAGGUGAAGCAGAUCAUGGAGGAGGCCGUCACACGCAAGUUCGUCCACGAGGACAGCAGCCACAUCAUCUCCUUCUGUGCGGCUGUGGAGGCCUGCGUCCUGCACGGGCUGCGGCGGCGGGCGGCUGGCUUCCUGCGCAGCAACAAGAUCGCGGCUCUCUUCAUGAAGGUGGGCAAGACCUUCCCACCCGCCGAGGAGCUGAGCCGCAAGGUCCAGGACCUUGAGCAGCUGAUCGAGAACGCGCGAAACCAGAUCCAGGGCCUCCAGGAGAAUGUACGGAAGCUGCCCAAACUGCCCAACCUGUCACCACUCGCCAUCAAGCACCUGUGGAUCCGCACGGCCUUGUUUGAGAAGGUCCUGGACAAAAUUGUGCAUUACCUUGUGGAAAACAGCAGCAAAUACUAUGAAAAGGAAGCGCUCCUGAUGGAUCCUGUGGAUGGCCCCAUCCUGGCGUCUUUAUUGGUGGGCCCCUGUGCGCUGGAGUACACCAAGAUGAAGACGGCGGAUCACUUCUGGACCGAUCCCUCCGCCGACGAGCUCGUCCAGAGGCACCGCAUCCACAGCUCGCACCUGCGGCAGGACUCGCCCACCAAGCGCCCCGCCCUCUGUAUCCAGAAGCGGCACUCGAGUGGCAGCAUGGAUGACCGCCCGUCCCUCUCCGCCCGCGACUACGUGGAGUCCCUGCACCAGAACUCCCGGGCCACCCUGCUGUAUGGCAAGAACAAUGUUCUCGUUCAGCCGAGAGACGACAUGGAGGCCGUCCCAGGAUACCUGUCGCUGCACCAGACCGCCGACGUCAUGACCUUGAAGUGGACCCCCAACCAGCUGAUGAACGGGUCUGUGGGAGACCUGGACUAUGAGAAGAGCGUCUACUGGGACUAUGCCGUGACCAUCCGCCUGGAGGAGAUCGUCUAUCUGCACUGCCACCAGCAAGUGGACAGCGGUGGGACGGUGGUGCUGGUCAGCCAGGAUGGGAUCCAGAGGCCGCCCUUCCACUUCCCCAAGGGAGGGCACCUCCUGCAGUUCCUCUCGUGCCUGGAGAACGGGCUGCUCCCUCACGGGCAGCUGGAUCCACCGCUCUGGUCUCAGCGGGGAAAGGGCAAAGUAUUUCCUAAACUGCGCAAGCGAAGCCCUCAGGGCUCCGCCGAGUCCACGUCCUCAGACAAGGAAGACGACGAGGCCACGGAUUACGUGUUCAGGAUCGUCUACCCCAGCCUGCAGUCGGAGUUCGUUGUUGCCGACCCCGUGGGCAGCACGUCCCCCGUCUCCGUGGGCCCUGCCUGGAUGGCAGUUUCCGUGGGCCGGUCCGUGCUGGUGGUGGCCAGGGACAGUCAUUGGGCGCAAACCGGACGGGACACCACCCUCCCCACGCCGGGCUUGAAGCAGCAGCCCCCCAUGCCCCAGGACCUGAUGGAUGUCUCCGUGAGCAACCUGCCACCCCUGUGGCAGCCCAGCUCCCACAAGUCCUCUUGCUCAUCCUGUUCUCAGAGUGGCUCGGCUGAUGGGAGCUCCACCAAUGGCUGCAACCACGAGAGGGCUCCCCUGAAGCUUCUCUGUGACAACAUGAAGUACCAGAUCCUUUCCAGAGCCUUCUAUGGAUGGCUUGCAUACUGCAGACACCUGUCCACCGUGAGGACCCACCUGUCAGCCCUGGUCAAUCACAGGAUCGUGUCUGCGGACCUGCCGUGCGAUGCUGGACGCGGGCUGACUGCUGGCAUCUGGGAGCAGUACCUGCGGGACAGCUCAAGCUGCGAGGAGCAGGAGCUGCUGCGUCUUGUCUACUACGGGGGAGUCCAGCCCGAGAUCCGCAAGGCCGUGUGGCCCUUCCUGCUGGGCCACUACCAGUUCGGGAUGACAGAGACAGAAAGGAAGGAGGUGGAUGAGCAGAUUCACGCCUGCUACACACAGACCAUGGCCGAAUGGUUGGGCUGUGAGGCGAUCGUGCGGCAGAGGGAGCGGGAGUCCCAUGCAGCCGCCCUGGCCAAAUGCUCAUCAGGGGCCAGCCUGGAUGGUCACCUGCACCGGAUGAUGCACCGGGACUCCACCAUCAGCAAUGAGUCCUCCCAGAGCUGCAGUUCCGGCCGCCAGAACGUCCGCCUGCAGAGCGACUCCAGCAGCAGCACACAGGUGUUUGAGUCUGUGGACGAAGUGGAGCAGGUGGAGGCAGAAGGCAGGCUGGAGGAGAAACAGCCCAAGAUCCCCAAUGGGAACCUGGUGAAUGGCACCUGUUCCCCAGACUCCGGCCACCCUUCCUCCCACAAUUUCUCCUCUGGCCUCUCGGAGCACUCGGAGCCCAGCCUGAGUACAGAAGACAGCGUCAUGGACCCCCAGCGGAACGCCUCCCUGGUGCUUCGGCCUGGGGACAGCAGCGUGGACGAAGGGCAGAGCAGCGAGGCCACCACGUCCCGGGACGAGGCUCCCCGUGAGGAGCUGGCCGUGCAGGACAGCCUGGAGAGUGACCUCCUGGCCAAUGAGAGCAUGGACGAGUUCAUGUCCAUCCCAGGCAGCAUGGACGUGGCUCUGCCUGAGAAGGAGGGCGCGCUGACGGGGGGCUGGGGGGGCGGCGAGCCGGAGAAGCACAGCCGGGCGGACAGCGAGGACAACCUCUCAGAGGAGCCUGAGAUGGAGAGUCUCUUCCCGGCCUUGGCCUCCCUGGCCGUGAGCACUUCUGCCAACAGCGAGGCGUCCCCUGUGUCCUCCAGCGGCGUCACCUACUCUCCGGAGCUGCUGGACCUGUACACGGUGAACCUGCACCGCAUCGAGAAGGACGUGCAGCGGUGCGACCGCAACUACUGGUACUUCACGCCCGCCAACCUGGAGAAGCUGCGCAACAUCAUGUGCAGCUACAUCUGGCAGCACAUUGAGAUCGGCUACGUCCAGGGCAUGUGUGACCUCCUGGCUCCGCUGCUGGUCAUUCUGGAUGACGAGGCUCUCGCCUUCAGCUGCUUCACGGAGCUCAUGAAGAGAAUGAACCAGAACUUCCCCCACGGAGGCGCCAUGGACACCCAUUUUGCCAACAUGAGGUCACUGAUCCAGAUCCUGGACUCCGAGCUCUUUGAGCUGAUGCAUCAGAACGGGGACUACACUCACUUCUACUUCUGUUACCGCUGGUUCCUGCUGGAUUUCAAGCGAGAACUCGUCUACGAUGAUGUCUUCUCGGUCUGGGAGACCAUCUGGGCAGCCAAACAUGUCUCGUCCGCCCACUACGUCCUGUUCAUCGCGCUGGCUCUGGUGGAGGUCUACCGCGACAUCAUCCUGGAGAACAACAUGGAUUUCACAGACAUCAUCAAAUUCUUUAAUGAAAUGGCCGAGCGACACAACACCAAGCAGGUCCUGAAGCUGGCCCGGGACCUCGUGUACAAGGUGCAGACCCUGAUUGAGAACAAGUGAAGGCGGCUUCACCCGGGCGGUGGCAGCCGAGCCGCCGCCUGCCUGUCCUGCCCACUCUUCCUGCCCGGCCGCCCCGGGAGUGGGGUCCCGGGGCCUGUUGGUGAGCAUGCACGUCUGUGCAGAGAGAAACCGCCCUGACGUUGGCCCCGGGCAGGCGGGGUCACGGGGUGGCCCCCUGAGUUCAGCCUUACGUUUUCCUGUUUGACCAAAGAUCGCCCGAGUCGGAUUUCCCCUUCGCGGGAGCUGGUGGACUGAGGGAAGGUCUUCGUCCAAGGUCUCCCGAGCGGCCUCCUCUCUCUCUUCCCCCACCCCCCAAACUGCCUUGUCGGAUGGGUCUUGGGGAUGGGACUGUGUGAGAAAUCGGGGUACAUGUCCGUGGGGCCACCUCUGGACACCGAAAGGGGCCUUUGGAGACGUGCCAGCACGCGGCUGGCGGGUGGGCCUGGAGCAGGUCUCUGCGCCUCAGCACUGUCCACACCCAGGCCGGGUCCUUCUCGGGGUGGGUGGGGCCUCCUGUGCAUUGACGGACGCGGCGCAGGGUCCCCGGCCUCCCCACCCCAGCCGUGACAACCCAGAGCAUCCCCAGGUGUUGCCAGAUGCCCUCACCUGAGGCCUCCUGGCUCAGAGGAGGGGCUGCCGGUGUAUCUCCCAACCCUCCUCCCUCCACCUGAGCCGCCCGUGUCCCCAGGUUCCCUCCCACUUAGAAAAAGCACACGGAGUCCUGUACACAUCUCCCUGGAGGUUUGGGAUUCCAUUCGCUGUAUUCUCUCAUUCUUCUCCACUUUACCCCAGGAGAAGCUUCCUUUCUUCUUGUCAAGAAAGAUGUCUUUGGGAUUGAAGAAGUAGCUACAGGCCUGAGACAGAGGCUCUUGUGAGCCUGACCCAUAGCCCCCGGGCAGGGCAGAACCCUCAUCCCCCCCACGCACACACCCCUGCCCAGAAAGACCGAGCCUUUCCUGCUGCACGCUGAGUCUGGUGCUCCAGGAGCUCGGAACGCGUGUGUGGGUGAAAGCCAUGUGGUCAGGGAGGCCAGCUCGUCCCCAAGUGCCCUUGCUCACUCAGGACAGAGGAGGAAGACAGAGGUCAGCAGGGUGGAGGUGUGUGUGUUUUGUGGAAACAGUCCCCGCCGUGUCUUCUCACAAAGGGUCACCGGCCCGCGAACAGAUCCUGAGUUAGGUAGGUGGGUAGGUAGGUAGCUCACCCGCCCACCUGUCCUUCGGGAAAGUGGUCCUGCCAAUUCUGUUCCGCAAAUGCUCCCCAAUCAGGAGACACGGAGUCAGGGGGGACUGCUAUUCCAAGAGUGGCAGGUAGGGUUGUGGCGUGGUGGCGGAGACAGGGAAAGCACACGGAGGCGUCCGCACCGUGGGUGCUCGGCCUGCAGCCCCGAGCAAACCAGGACAGGGAAGCCCUGCCCUGCACGCUGGCGAAGGCUCUCCCUGAGUCAGCAAACUCCAGCUGCGUCUGAACCCCCAUCUUCCCCAAAGCGGGCCCCUUGGGAAGACCGGGCGAGGCCCAGAGGGCCCUUGCUUCCGAAGACUGUACAUCUUCCCACCCUGGUCCCCCACCUUCCCUAGAUGGGAAAAAAACGUGCAAAAGGUCUCUCCAGAGGAAAGUAUUCUGCCACACGCCAGGGGUGGUGAUGUUGGCAAGACCCAGGUCCUGGGUCUCCCGACUCUUAUUUUUGGACGGGCUAGUCACAUCGCACAGCACAAGACCUCCCCUCUGCCUUCUCUCGGUGUCCCAGAGAGAUGGUCGUGGCCGUGGUUCGGAGUGACUCCCAUUUAUUCCGCUUGCCGUGCUCAGUCCGAGUCUGUGGCCUGCGUCCCCUGUGUCUGAGCGUGUGGGAGCCGUUCUGUCUCUGGAACGCCCUCCUUUUCUCGCUGUUACCAGCACAUCUCAUAACUGUUUACUGAAAAGUUGUGUCUGUGUGGACAGAAAAUAUAUCUAAACGGUGAAACGUG